AUGAAUAAAAGAUUAUUGUCGGCAAGAAAGAAAAAUUUAGAAAGUCCUCCAAAACGGAGAAAAACUGUUCACGAAGAUUAUUUUGAAACUACUUUAAAAGAAAGUGGAAUAGAUCUAGCUAAACCGCCGGAAAGUUGUGAAGCAAAAUACGACAUAAUAGUUAUUACGCGAAAUUUAAAGAAAAAUUUACAAAAGCACUCAGAUUAUCCUCAAAAUUUAUCUGAAUUCUACGAUAAAUUUGUUGAAAGAUGUCAAGACUUAGAAAUGUUUAAACAUUAUUUAUUUCCUAAUAUUGUCAGAAAAACGACAGAUCAGACUAUUCAGUGCAAAAAUGACAGUAUUGUUAAAAUUCUUCUCACUAUACCAUUAUUACAAAAUAAAUUAAUCAACUACAUAUUCGAAAAAGCUUUUGACUUGGCAGCGGAUUCAAAAUGUGGACCCUGGAUCAAAAUGAUUUUAAGAUCUCUAUGUUCUUUAGAUAACAUGAUAGAUAGUGACAAUAUUGCUACUAAUAUAAUCAGCUUAUUAGAUGUUACUUAUGAAGAAUUAGUACAGCUUGAAAUAAUAACUACUAUUCCAGACAUAAUUGGUGACCAAGCGCAUGACAAAAUUGUUAUAGAAUUAAGUAAGAUACUGAAGCAAAAAGAUCACAAGCUUAUACCCGCUACACUUGACUGCCUUUCCUAUUUGUGUCUGUCUGAUGAUCAAUAUGAAGAAUUGAGGAAUGAAACAUUAAACAUCUUGAAGACAACAUCAAAAUGCAGCUACUUUCCAAAUUUUGUCAAAUUUCUCCUAAUUCCUGGAAAGUCAUCCGAGAGUACAUACAUGGUGGCCGUAAAAGGCUUAAGAAAUGCUUUGAGCUGGCCAUCAUCCAUUGCCUCACCUCAGGAAAUUGCAUCUAGCCAAAUAUUAACCGCACAGGCCAUACGUAAUACUAUGGUAUCUUCUAAAUAUAUAGCAAAUGCUUGGAUCAAAUUAAUUUCAAACUGUGGUGAUCAUUCAGAUCAUGAAGCAUUUGAUUUUAUAAUCAUUCUAAUUCUAUUCUCAUUAUCAGAAGAAAAACAGAAACAGGUUGAACAGAUAAUACGUAAACAAAUAAAACUUAAUAUUUUCAAGGAGGAUUUAUUGGAUAAGGCCUUUGAAAAAUAUAAUCCAAUAAUCAAAGAAUAUCUGAAACAUAUGAUUUUACUAUCAAACUCACUUUUAAAAACACCAGAUUCAAUAGUUCAAUCUUUUGCGUCACACAUGUAUUCACUGAUGUUUGACCAUCUUGAAGAUUCUUGUCAGACAAUAGUUGCAGAAUUAUUGCAAUUUGGAUUGAAUUGCAAGCACAGUCUUAUCAAUAUAUUGGCAAUUUUAAACAGUGUUGCAGCUAAGAAUAUGUCUGUAUUAAAACAUCAAAGUUCACAAAUGUUAACACUUUUAGAUAGAAAGGAUGACAUGACUUUGAAUGAAAUAAGGGCUGUCAUGAAUUUGGUAUGCGGUCUAGCCUAUAGUUAUGAUAACUCAGUAAUAAGAAGUGACGUUCAUAUAAUCAUAAGAAAAUACUUAGGAAGGUCCAACCAUACUAUUAAAUAUCAUGGAAUACUUGCCGGUAUUCAUGCUGUAAAAUAUUUAAUAGCAUUUUCCUCUGAUGAAGACAGUAAUAUAAGUUUACCAGAAGAUAUAAAUUAUGGCUCUGUGGAUUGUUUACCUGAAGGUAAUCUUAAAGAGGCAGCACAGAUCAUAGAACUUAUAAGCUGCAGCACAAGGGAGUUUCCUAAAAUGAUAGCUUUCUUCUAUGACGAAUUUUGUAAAAUAAUUAAUUCCUCAUCCCACAUUAAUAAACAUUUUCUUUUGUGGAUAACGGAGGCUGUGACUAACGAUCUGGCACAAAAUUUUAUUGUAAAUAAUCUACCGCAUGAGACAGUCGGAGAGUUAAGUCUGAGUCUACAGUACUGUCUCAAUACAGAAAGUGAAACAGAUGAUGAAAUAGCCAUUAAUAUUGCUGGCUUAACAUUGGAAGAACAAGAAGAUGUAAAUAUACUGGUACUGUCACCAUUGUUGCAAUUAGUUCAGACUUUGGAUAAUUUGCAAGAGAAGGAUAAUAAUUCAAAAAACAUUUAUGCACUAAUCGGUUGUCCUGUUGUUAUGCCAAAAGUAGAUGUAGAAGUCAUGAAGGAUGAACUCACUGAUACUUCUAUAUCAGCUAUUCUGGAUUGUCUAAUUCACUGCGUCAAUUGGUUUCGCGAAGUGCUAAACGCAUUUUCAGAUGUCCCUGAGCAAAACUUAAGAAGUAAGGUCAUAAAUAGGGUUUUUCAAAUACAGCAGUUGGAAAGCUUAAUUACGGAGAUUCUGAUGAAGAAUAACCUGACAUACCAGCCGCCAUCUUGGGCAUGUCAUUUAAAUACGAGUAAUGAGAAUUUGGAAAGAACUCUGAAGAAACAGUCAGCUGCUAAACGCAAGGAAAAGAAAAAAGGGGUAACUGAUGAAUCGAUUAUAUCAGAAAGCGUUAAGUCACAAGCUACGCAAAAAAAGGCAGUUGCUAAUUCCAAAAUGGCUUUAACUCACAACAUACAAUUUAGAGCCCUUGAUAUAAAGAUCAUAAAGUUAUUGAACGAAGAGUUAACAGAUGCUGAUUCCGAACAAGCUUUGACGGUCAAAAUUGCCACAUUUCUUUUAAUUCAUAUCAACAAAGCCCUUGAGAAUACGUUACACCCGAAGUUGAAAAAAAAUAUUUUCUCCAACAAACAAGAUACCGCUGAUGUAUAUGACCCCGUUAAGGCAGAGCAAUAUGCUGAAUAUGUCAACAAAACGAUGCCAAAAAUUGUUGAUCAUCUUGCAUUUGUUACGUCAUUCUUGGAAUCCAGAAUGUGCUUCAAUGAUACUGAUCAAGAGACAGAAGAAGACGAUGAUUUUCCGUAUAACGACGAAAUAUUUGAGUACAUAAGUCUAUUAGAAAACAUAUUUAAUUUUCUAAAAACUUAUUUCAAAUGGAUUGGUUUCAAAAAUCGAAACAAUCCGUUGUUACAAUCUUCUCUGAAAACUUUAGCAAAGUUAGAUGAUGAAAAAUUAGUCACGGUGCAGGAUCUAUUGACCACUGUUGCGAAAAGUUUACAGAAUUAUAAAAAGUACUGUGUACUACUAAGUACAGCUACAUCAUUAAUUGAACUGUUGAAAACGUUACAGGAACAUUCUUGCAAUCGUUCUAUAUUGGUUAUUUUAAGAGAUACAGCAAAAUCAUUCUUAUCAAAACAGUGGAAAACAGCAGAGGGCGCAGAAGAAAAAGGAGGUCAAUUAAAUCAAAGUAUAGAUAUAUUUGGUAAAGUAUUCUUCGAGAACAUUGAAAUUGAUGAGAUCAAAGAUUGCACUUUGUUAAUAAUGAAUGACGUAGAGGCUCUUAAAAAAGGUCGUUCUCAUCUCAAUUGUUAUAAAAGCAUUAAUAAAAACAAUUUCUCGAUAUUAUUCCGGAUCAUAGGGAGUUCUUUGCAUGAUAGAACUAAGCAUCAAGUAAACAAAAGGCUAACUAAUUCAGAACAUUUGGAAGUGUGGGAAAGUGUGUUAGUUACAUUGAAGUCUAUGGUAGAAAUAACGAGAAUAAUGGAUUUCAGGAAUAUCCUGAUGGUAUUUUUCAAAAAAUCUAUCCCUGUUAUAAAACUAUUUGUGACAUACGGGAUCCCAAUACUACAAUUAGAGUUCAAACACAAUCCCCAAAGAAUAUUAGGUAUUUGGAGUGUGUUACAGAAAUCAACGAGAUUUCUACAAUCUGUAUGUUGUCAUUCCAAAUUGAAGAAUGACAAAGUAUUGAUGGUUAAAAUUCCAACAGUCAAGGAACUGCUAGAGACGCUGAUAUAUAAAGUUAAAUCAGUUUUAGCGUUGAACGAGUGUUCGGAGGCUUUCGAGAUGGGAAACCUUAAAAAUAGGAACAUUCAAGGAGAAAUCAUUGCUUCCCAAGUAACUGUGGAUGAUAUUGAGGUGCAAGAGGAUUGUGAUGACCACUUGCCAGAUGACAGCGACUCAGAAGAUAGUGAUCAAGAGUUAGGCCUAAGGAGUGCAAGCGAAAUGAUAUAA